AUGAUGGCCCCGCGUCAUCUAGUGUGGCUUGCCCAUGCUCUACCAGCAGUUGCGCUGACCAUUACCGCGCCAUCUACCCCCGUGGCCACUCCGACAACAUGUGGCACCGAAAACCUGAUCAAAGAGGGAUCUUUCUCAGGCGUCAGUCUUGAUGAUGGAGUGUGGACGGUCGCGGGCACGGAUUCCGGAACUGUCGUGGAUAAUUAUUUACAUCUGAAUGCCGGUGCUGUCAAUGCCAUGUCGGUCCUCAUCCAGUCUGUGUCCCAGGCAGUCGCAGGAAAGAGCUACACCUUCUCUAUGGAUUUCCGCCAGAACGCUGGCACUGAUACUUGCUCAUUGGAGAUUCAAAUUGGUGGAGUCACCAUCGAUACUAGCAGCCACACCGCAAGCGACGCCUGGGCGACUAUCUCCAAGCCGUGGACUGCUAUCGGGACCAAUGCGGAUGUCAUCCUCAUCAUCGAUUGUGACGGCGAGCAAGACGCUGGCUCCUCCAGUGUUGAUGUGACGAACAUCUCUCUUGUGGAAAGCUGUGGCACUUCGUCUCUGUCAAGUGUGUCGGUGCCGGUCAGAACCCCCUCUGUUUCGCCUGUUUCUAGCGCUCCCGUUGCUUCUAUGUCGCCCUCUACUGCGCCCAGCUCCCACGCCUCUUCGGGUAUUGUGUCCUCGAGUGCUGGAGCUGCUCCUUCUGGCUCUGCUAGCGAGUCUGCUCCCCAUGGAUCUUCCAGUUCUUUGGCCAUUCCUUCUGGCGUCCCCACUCAACCAGCCUCUCACGGAUCUUCUAGCAUUUCGGCCGCUCCCUCCAGCCAGCCAGGUUCCCACGGGUCUUCAAGCAUAUCCUCUGCUCCAUCCGGAGUCGCUACUCAGUCCGGCUCUCAUGGGUCCUCGAGUGCUUCGGCCGUUCCCUCUGGAUCCGCUAUUGAGCCCAGCUCUCACGCAUCCUCCACCGGUCCGACUACUCCCUCCGGUGCCUCUACCCAGACUAGUGCUCCCGGCUCUUCUAGUACUUCGGUAGCUCCUUCGACUCAACCUGGCUCCCACGGGUCCUCCAGCGUGAUUGGCACUCACCCAUCAUCUGUUUCCUCUUCUGUGCCCGGCUCCUCAACCAUCGUCUCAUCCGGCCAGUCUUCCAGUGCUCCGGGCCCUGCCACAUUGACAACUACUAUUACCGGACCUGCCAACUCCGCUUCUAGCGUCGCUGGCCAGUCCUCUGGUAUUUCUCAAACUUCCGUCGUCACCAACCCCUCUGGAGCCACCACUGGCAGCUCUGCCAACACCUCAAGAGGCCAAGGCGAGCCAGCAACCCACACCACAUCAGCAGGCCAGACGACUGCUGCUUCCUCGCCAGCUGUCUCCUCUCCGGCCGUCUCCCCCACCGCAACUAACACACAGGAGAUGACCACUUCUACGGUCUUCACUACACGCACUGCAACUAUCACUGCCUGUCCCUCUACUGUCACUGACUGCCCUGCGACUCAGAAGACUACCUACGUUACCACCGAGACCAUUGUCGUUUCGACGACUGUCUGCCCAGUCGCUGAUGCGACUACCACUGCCGCAGGCUCUCAUGUCACUGGCUCAGCCGGAAACAACAGCGGCUCUAGCUCUGACUCUGGCUCUGGCUCAAGCGGAAGCGGAAGCGGUAGCGACAAUGGAAGCAGCAACGGCAGCCACAAUGGUUCCGGCUCAGGUUCUGGCUCCACUGGCAGCGGAAGCAACAACGGCAGUGGAUCUGGCUCAGGCUCAGACGACGAGUACACAGUCUCGACAAUCUACUCCACCCGCACCGUUACCUUGACCGAGUGCCCAGCAACAGUGACCGACUGCCCAGCUCGUGACAAGACAACACAUGUCACAACUGAGACACUCGUUGCCGGAACAACUUCCAUUCCCAUCGCAGCUGCAACAACUACCGCCGCUGGUGCGCUCCACAGCUCCUCCGUGCCCGCUCAGACCACGACCAUCGUCGUCGGUACCGAGACCCGGACUUCUACCAUUUUCUCUGCUGUGACUGUUACUGGCACCUCUACAACCGAGGGAAGUGCUAUUGAAACUGGUGUCUUCCACAUUGGCGGAGGCACUGGCGCUAGCUCCAAUGGCAACGGAUCUGGUGUGUCGGCGGGUGAAGGUGAAGGCUCCAUUGGCUCUCACUCUGGCUCCUCUGGCUCUGCUUCAUCUGGUGCUGGCUCGUCUGGCUCCUCCGUUGAGAGUGCUAGCGCUUCAUCCAAUCUGCCAGGCAUUACACGUAUCAGCUCGGCGACUCCCAGUCUUACCCGAUCUGUCUCUUCCAUCGCAACGGUCUCACCCAUUGCAACCAAGCCUGCAAACUCUGGCAACGAAUCUGGCGCUACCACCGUUAUCGGCUCAGCUGGUACCAGCACUCAAACUACCGAAACGGCGAGUGCGUCUCCUAUCUUCAACGGUGCCUCUUCUCGUACCAUUUCAGGCGCUGUUUCGGCACUCGGUGCCAUGGCGGCCCUGGCCCUCUUCCUUUGA